AUGAUGGAUACAAAUGUCAAUGCCAGUGUCACUCCUGACAUUUUCACAGCUGCUGGAGUUCCGCCACUUGUCGUGGUCGCUGCGGCUGCUUCAGUUGUUGAUAACGAGGCGAUCUCUGUUGUCGUUGUCGACGUGGUUGAUGGGUUGGGGAGAAAUGGAGUGACUAUGGGCUGGUUCAUCGGCGUGGAAGUGGAACUCUGGGAUGAGAUCGAUGUCGAGGUGGAUAUCGAUUCUUCUCCCUGUGUCUGUGCCUGUGUCCCUGUCUCAGCUGAUGUUGAGGCUGGAGCUUCUCCCUGA